AAAUUGGACUAAGUCAAUCUGUUAGUAAUAAAUCUGAUAUACAAAAAUAUGAAAACCCAAAAGAAUGUAAAGACUCGCAUGACUCUGAACUUGAAAGCCUAUUAAGAUCUGAACCUGAAAGUCUAUUAGGAUCUGAACCUGAAAGCCUAUUAGGAUUUGAACCCAAAAGCCCAUUAGAAUGUGAACUUAAAAGCCCAUUAGAACCUAAAAUUUUAAAUAAUAAAAAUUGUAUUGCUGACCACUAUGCACUUACAAGUGGGUUCAAUGUUAUUUACAAUAAAGACAACAAUCAUAGUGAUGCCUUCAUUCGUAUUUUUGGUACUGCACCCCAAACUAUUCUUAUGAACAAUGAUCUCUCAAUGGCUAAUACUAUCUAUUCUGCUUUAACUGAUAAAUAUAACACUAAGCAUGGUCUCUGUAUAUGGCAUAUGCUGAAAAACGGUAGGUCUAAUAUGACCUCUAAGAUUGGAUCUAAAUAUGAUGGGUUUCAUGCUGAUCUUAUUAAAUGUCUUGAUCAUUGUAUUAAUCAAAGUGAACUUGAGAAGUGA